GAGAGACGUGAGCGAAGCGCUUUGGAAAGAACUGCUGUAACCCUUGGAUCAUGUCCCCUAAAGAUCUUUGUAGCCUUUGCCCAUCCUAGAGGUUGGAUCCAGAGUUCCCAAGACUGGAUUUCGUUUCUAAGCAUCAGCGCUUGCAUCUGAGCUUGGAAUGAUGACUGUAAGCAGGACUUUAAGGUUCUUGCAGCUAGAGGCCCUCUCUGGGCUCUUUGCCAGGCCUUGCGGGCUUCACACAUCUGCCAGCCAGCCCAACUCCAAUCGAACGUCCAUCGUGUGCAUCGCAAGGCAGAAGUACAGCCGGACCUACCCAGUGUUGCUCGUCAGGCCUGACGGCUCUACAAUUCACAUCCGUUACAAAGAGCCCAGGCGGAUCCUGUCGAUUCCCGUAGACAUCAACACUCUCCCUGAAGCUGAAAGGAAAGCCCGGUUGAGGAAACGGGAUGCCAGCAAGCUGAAAGCCAAACCUGAGACUCCUUUUGAAGAUGACUUUAAAUUGGACGAUUACAGAAAGUUUUGGAAGAAGAAAUGAUUUAUUUUACCCUGCUGAGGUUUUCUGAGGAGAAGAAGAAAACCUGUCACUGCAGACACUUAACGGUGUCGUGAAAAAUGCUGCAAGGAGAUGAAUGCAGUCCGCAAAUAAAGAGACCUUUCUUUCCA